AUGAAGUCUUUCGUUUCUUCUGUUGCAACUUUUUCCACUUUCCUUUCUUUACUAGCGAUUACGCAAGCCGUAUCCAACUCCACCGAUGGCCCGUCAUGCGGAGUUGCUAAGGCAGACGACAGCUACUUCAGCGUUGUUGGAGUGCAGGGGACCGGAGUGCAUCCAAGACAGGAGCUGCGCGAGCUCGAGAAGGACACUGAAACGUGGAACAUCUUCUUGCAAGCUUUCGCUCGAUUCCAGGCUAUGGACCAAGGUGAAAAGGUGUCUUACUACAAAGUCGCGGGGAUACACGGAGUUCCAUUCGGGCAAUGGGACGGUGUGACGGGCGUAGAAGGUCAAGAAAUGAUGGGCUACUGCCCUCAUGUGAGCAACAUGUUUGGUCCCUGGCAUAGGCCUUACCUUGCCCUUUUUGAACAGGUCCUCCACGACCGUGCUGUCGAGAUCGCCAAGGAGCACCCGGCAGGCUCGACUCGGGACAAGGCCAUGGCGAUAGCUGACAAAGUCCGCCUGCCGUACUGGGACUGGGCAAUGGAUCCACCAAACAGCGACGAAGGAUGCAUGCCUGCCAGUCUUCGUCGCCCAACAGCUACUGUUACUUUCCCGAACGGAACGAUGGGUAACAUUCCCAACCCUCUGUACCGUUAUGAUUUUCAUCCUUUGGACUAUGAUGAUUUUGCACCUUUGAGCGAGUUUCAGUUUAAAAACUGGAAUCACACGAUCCGCUUUCCGGUCGAUGGGUUUGCUCUCAAUGCCACCAGCCGUAAUGAUGCAGCGAACGAGCGCAUUGGCAAACAACAGCCGAACAACCGUGACAUGCUCUACAAGCUACUCACGAUGUAUCAACCGUUCAACCAGGUCAGCAACAAGGCCAAUGGUGGAACUAUUGGAAACUUCGAAACGCUCCAUGAUGGUCUCCACAAUGCUUUCGGGCUUGGUCACAUGGGUAUCGUCGAAGUCUCGGCGUUCGACCCUGUCUUCUGGUUCCACCACGCGAACAUGGAUCGCAUCUUUGCGUUGUACCAGUACAGGUACCCUGACACCUGGGUUGAGGAUGCAGCACAGGCUAAGGGCACUUUCACGGUCGCCAAAGGUGCCAUCGAGGGUCCUGCGUCGCCUCUUGCCCCGUUCCACAUGAACGCUCUUGGUGACAUGUGGACUUCAACCACUUCUCGCAACUGGACAUCGUUUGGCUACACCUACCCUGAACUCAUGUCGGACCCCUCCAAUCAGACCUUCACCUCGACCCUCAACAAGCUCUACAAGCCGGCAACUCAAGGCUUGAACAGCACAAAUUCGACGGUCCCGGCACCCGGCAACAGUAUCGGCAAUAACGGUACCACGAACAGCACCACAAAGGCGACAGACUGGCUAUGUGAAGUCAAGAUGCCCACAGACAUCCAGAUCUCCUACUCUGUCCGCGCAUUCUUGGGCGAACCGGAUGCUGACCCGAAGAACUGGCCCACGGACCCGAACUAUGUUGGUCAACUCGCCUCAAUGUCUUCGCCUCGCAUGAACUCAGACGUAAUUGUCACGGGUAACAUCGUGCUAACCGAAAGAUUGGCACAGAAGCACCAGUCAGGAGAACUGAAGAGCUUGGACAAGGAAGAAGUUGCAGCCUAUCUGAAGGCCAACUUCAGCUGGCGCAUCCAAGCUUUGGACUAUAGCGAGAUUCCACGCAACAAUCCACCUGCCGGUCUCAAUGUCACCGUAUUCAACGUCCCAGUCUCGAUUCCGGAGUCGGACGAUGAAGUUCCUACCUGGGAUGGCGAUGUCGAGUACAACCACGAUAUUGAGGGUAACCCUCCAGUCUACAACGGUCCCGGUCCCGAUGGCACCAACUCCACCACUCCCGCCGGUGAAGUCGCUGGACAUUUCGACUCCUCAUCUGGCGAAUGGGUGUGGAACAACGCCACUGAAUCUGCCGCCAGUUCAGCUGGUGGUCAGGGCGGAACAAAGAUUGUGCAGGAGACGGAGCUGGUUACGCAGUACAUCACUGUUGGCGCUGAUGUCACUCCAACACCUGAGGUAAAGCCUUCGACUACCACCGUACCUGCGAUCGUCGAGAAGGCUUCUUCGACACCGGUCAACAUCGGCACUCGUACCAAAUUCGUGACUUCGGUCAUCAUUGGGUACGCGACUGUGCUGCCUGGUAAGAACUAAGCAGCAACAUUCCAUCAUUCGCACGAUUUUCGUGCACCAUUCGUUUCCUGUACAUUCUCCGUGCUCUCCCGUAGUCGUUCUCUUAUUUUCCUGAGGUGGCACUUCUGUUUGUUGGUUUUUUGCUUCGAGUUAAGCAGGCACGAAGGUGGCUCAGCGCUGGUCCUGAGCCCACCGAUCCAUGAGACCACGAAAAUGGCAAGAAGGCGUAUGGAUAACGCGCAUGGCGUCCGUAGGAGGUUGGAGACCUGGGGAAGAACGUUCCUACAUUUGUCACUCUUUACAACCAAGAUAGGCUCCUAGCUCCGACCAGCAUG